AUGUUUACGCGGAUACAAACGCAAUCUCAGCCUUCGAAUCCGAACUCGAAUUCAGCGGGCAAUGCGAUUCCGAAGCAAAUGAGGCGCCCUAAGAAGGAGCCGACUCUUUUUCACAAGAAGCCAAGUCGACCAUUUGGACUCGCGGCGAUGCAAACGGGGAGUACAGUGAAUGGUACUGCUACGUCUUCUGCAGGUAUAUCAGGGACACCGGGGACAGGAGCUGGCCCACAAACCAUCCAAGCUCGCGUCGCAGGACGCGCUUCACCUAUAACAAAGCCACAAGUUCAAAUCGCGGCACCACGUCCAUCCACUCCAAGCAAUGCAGCUUCGCCUUCCGGAGGCUCCAGAUCUGCUACUCCACAAGCCUCGGCUGGGGCAGCUUCCUCUAGUGCGACGACCGCAGAACCCACGCCUGAGGUAGGCUACCAAGACUUUCGUGUCAUAUCGACAGAUCGUUUCGGCUGGAAAUACGAUGUCAUGAAAUUUGACUCAAGAAAACCGGUUGAUGUGAAUACAUGGGCAAGACCAAUAAAGCUCAACCGCAAGGAAAUGAGGCGUGCUGAAGGAAAUGGAAAUGAAGAGGCGCCAACACCCGUUGGGCCAAUGUUGGGCCCUGAUGGAAAGCCUGUUAUCGGCGCGGAUGGUCGAACUGUCAUGGUGGACGCAGAAGGGCGUCCUAUACAUGAGGCGAAGAAUGCAAGCGGAUCAGGAGCUGCGAAAAACUCGAAAGACGACAAGGGAAAGAAGAAGAAAUUCCAAAAGAAGACAAAGCAGGUAUUUCUUGUCCCAGACCAUGUCCGACAAUUGCGGAAAGAGGAAAGGUAUCCGUGGGUUAUGGAGGACGCUUCAGGGAAGGAAGUUUGGGAGGGGAGGAUGGAAGAUUCAAACAAGGCAGAGCUAUACGCAUUGCUCAUGCCUACGCCUGAUAGUUCAUUCCGCUUCGUUCCUGCGAAUCGAUGGUACAAGUUCCAGAAGCGAAGGCCUCAACAGCAGCAAUGGACGCUCGAAGAGGCAGAAAAAAUGAUGGCAAAGAUGCAGAAGAAUAAAGAUCAGGAACGCUGGGCUAUGCGGUCGAGAAAUGGAGCUGCUGCUCCCACCGCUGGCGGCCUUGGAGGUCCAUCUCUCGUAUAUGAUGUAGGCGGGAGCUCAGUAGGACCUGGAGGACGUAGGUUGCGAAGGGUAGAUAAUGGAACGCGUGGUCUAUUCGAAGAAGAUGAUGAAGAGGGUGUCCAGGAGCGAAGGCGUCGAGAAAGAGAGAGGGGCGCUGAUGGUGACUUGGACGAGAUGGAGUACGAGGAGGACUUUGCGGACGAUGAAGAGAAGAUGGAAUUUGAAGAUACUGCUGCAGACGAAGAGGCGAAAGAGCUUGAGGAGCGGCUAAAGCGCGAGUAUCACAAUUUAAACAAAAAUCAAGAGGGAUACGUGUCCGAGGACGAAGAAGAUGCCGAUAACCUUACCGGGACCGGAAAAGACAUCAAGAAGUUGGUCCGGAAGAUUGAGAAGAACGCGGCGUAUGAUAGUGAUGAGGAGAAAAAUCCAUACGCCAGCUCGGAGGAAGAGCAGGAGGAGGAAACUCCUGUGCCUACGCCGACGGGACCCGCCGUACAAGACCAGUCUACGUCUCGACCUGGCUCGACUCCAAAGAGUAAGGCUAACUCUCGCCCUGCCUCGAAGCCUUCUUCACGCCCGACCUCACGCUCUGGCUCACCUGCGCCUCCUGGCUCAGGUGGCUCCACUAGCAGCUCGGGUAGCAGCACAAAGGUCAAAUCUGAGGGCUCACCAAUGAUUCCGCCGCCGACGUCCCCUGGACUAGGGAUGGGUGGACACUCCGUCGUAGCGAAGCGUGCUACAUCACCAAAACCGCCGAAGAUGAAGACCCCGGUUGGUGGAGGUAGCCGCGCAACGAGUCCACUUGCAGGACCUGGUGGAAGUCGAGUAGGGAGUCCUAAUCCUGUUUCUCCGGGAGCAAGCCGUGCGACGAGUCCGGCUCCUGCUGCAGCUAGUCCGUCCAAGAAACGGAAAGCAGAGGGGGAGGUAGCUGCAACGCCUGGAGCAACUGGUUCUUCUGCAAAUGCUGGUGGUGCACAGCCAAAGCCCAAGAAGCGGAAAGCUGUCCCAGGUGUUGCUCCUGGUACGGAGCUCACGGCUGCCGUACUCGUAGCAUGGCUACGCGACAAGCCGGGUACGAAAACCCGGAACUGCAUUCAUUAUUUCCAACCAGCAUUGACUGACGAGGUAAAGAAGAAGCGGUUCACAGAGCUUGUGAAAGAGGUUGCGAACUUGAAAGAUGGAGGGCUGGUUGUGAAGUCCCAGUACCGGGAUCUUGUUCCUUAA